UACACCUUCAUAAUAAAUCCAUGUGAUAUAGCCUACACCGUCACAAUAAAUCCAUGUAAUAUAGCCUACACCGUCACAAUAAAUCCAUGUAAUAUAGCCUACACCGUCACAAUAAAUCCAUGUAAUAUAGCCUACACCUUCACAAUAAAUCCAUGUGAUAUAGCCUACACCGUCACAAUAAAUCCAUGUAAUAUAGCCUACACCGUCACAAUAAAUCCAUGUAAUAUAGCCUACACCUUCAUAAUAAAUCCAUGUGAUAUAGCCUACACCGUCACAAUAAAUCCAUGUAAUAUAGCCUACACCGUCACAAUAAAUCCAUGUAAUAUAGCCUACACAUUCAUAAUAAAUCCAUGUAAUAUAGCCUACACCUUCACAAUAAAUCCAUUAUUUAUUUUAGGACAGGUCUAAAGAAACAUGAUAUGAAGAAAAUGUAGUCUAUUUCAGAAGAACAGAAUAGCAAACUCUAGGGCCCCCCCUAGUGGCGCAGCGGUCUAAGGUACUGCAGAGCUUGAGGUGUCACUACAGAUCCGGGUUGAAUCACGCGACGCAUUGCUCUUGACUUUCGCCUCUCCCGAGUCUGUACGGGAGAGCAGGGAUGGAACAAGACUGUAACUACCAAUUGGAUAUCACGAAAUUGGAGGUAUUGUUUUUUGAGAAUAACAUACUCUGAGUUGUCCUUAUGUUAGGCCCUGGUAUGGCUAUGCCAUAUGGCUGUGGGCUACACUAGUUCAUUUAGCAGACAAGAUUUGCAUAGAAUUCCAUGGCAUUAUUUUAUAGUAUGAAGUAUACAAUUGAACAAAGCUGAAUAAAAUAGAAAGGAUAUUUUUGCCGAAGGAUUUGAGGGAAUGCGCACAUGCGACUAUUCUUUGUUGAGCGGUUUACAUAGAAAUAGGUACUCCUAUAUGCUUAAUUUAGAGUUAUUAAUGUAUCUUUAAUUGGUCUACCAACUAAAUGUUUUGAUGCGACAAAUAAUGAUUUGAAAAAAGUCACUUGAAAGGCAUGAGCUCUGCUUUGUUUUUUUGCGCAGACUGUACACACUUUGUCAGUCUCUCGUUCACAAUUUGAGAAACAUUUGAUAAUUCCUCGAAUUUCCAGCACAAUCCCCAUUGUGUGGCCAUAAUUCACCCUAAAGAAUCCAUGCCUUUUGCACCCCUUCUCCCUGAGUACUGCCUGUUCCAAAGCACUUCUCCCUCACACCACUCUCCAUCAUGUGAUCUGGUCUUUCUCACAGGCUACAAGUGAAGACAGACACAUCGGGGUGCGUAUUGAAGAUAUUGGAAAAACUGUCCACAUUUACUUUUCGUCAGCCAACAAGAUGAGUAGGCCUAACGAACAGAAAAAGCACUAGUUUAUAUCAAUCUACUAUCCCCAUAGUACAAAAGUUGACCUAUUCUGUGUGAGAAAUAAAUAUUCCAAACAUAGUCUGGGACAGUUGUGGGAUGUGAUAGAUACCAAAUGAAUUAACUGCUAGCAUCAAAAAAAGUUUUAUGCAAUGUGGCUGAAGCAACAGAUCAGAACAUUUAACUUAAAACGUUGAUAAACUAUUUGGCUAUUUCUUCACAUUAUAAGCGCACACAGCAGUAAGCUAUAAGUGUGAAUGUUCCAUUAGUGGGAAAACACCAUUAUUAAAAGUGCUUUUAUUAUAAAGGUGCAUUUUUUUAUGGUUAUCUUCCCCAAACUUGAAACUCGAAACUCACGCGCUGCUUAUGUAUGCCAGUUAAGCUCUAUUUGACCACGUUAGUUGUGAUACAAACCUUAUCAAAACAUAUAGGCCUUUGGGCUACAUGAGGUGUGGACUAUGAUUCGAAGAGAAAAAAGAGGCAUUGUUUCUUGCCUUAAGAUGGGCAUCAAUGUGAUAAUAUAUAAUUCACAAGUGAUAAGCUAAUAUUGUCACCCAUCAGACUAUUCUUUAAUCUUGUCUUUACAUAUACUAAAUAAUAUAUGUGUGAAAUCCGUUUUGAUUUAGAAUGGACCAUUAUCAUGCACAUGUCUCGAAACAGGGGCAGGGGAAAAAAUACAUGUCAUCUCUGCACUUAAAUAGCGAAUGGAGGACACUCAUCCCAGCCAGGUGAACCGGUCUCUGAGGUCUCCCCUCUCCUCCCAGCUCAUCUUUAUGCCUAGUAGCACGGCAACCACUGCCAUGGCAACAGUCACCCAGCAGCCGCAGACUCAGCAGCAGCAACAACGGGAAGAUACACCUACUUCCUCCAGCAACCAAUCAGACAAUGACCAGGUACAGAACCUGGCUCUGCGAUGUGUCAGCAGUCCCAAGGGGGUCGGGGUCAAGACUGAAACCCCAGAGAGGGGUGAACCAGCGACCUACUCCCUUGUCCAGUCAUCUCACCAGCAGUUCAACCAGUCCACUCCACAGUCUACCACUAAACCAACCCAACAGCAACAGUCCCACAUCAAGAUCCCCACCUACAUCCAGAGCUCCAACGCCAACCUGUCCUCUCUCAACCUCAAGACGGGCAACCACCACUCCAACACCCCCUCCUCACCCUCUACCUCUGUCCCACUCUCACAGCUCCUCCUCUCCGGACCCAACUUUGGCCGGGGCGGAGCUAUCACCACGGUUACCUCCGCCACCACGGCGACGCACAUUCUGGUGCCCACCUCCAAUGCGCCCGCCCAGCCCCACAGUUACCAGGUGGCUGCUGCCACCAUCAAGCCCAAUGUUAGUACUCAAACACUGGUGGUUCAGCCUCUGCAGAAAAGCACUGUUAAUGACAAGGGAGGCCACGGGAACGGUCCCGUUCCAAUCCAGCCCAAAACUCAACAGGGUCUCCGUAUGCCCCUGCAACUGCCAUCCCGCAACCCGCCUCCCAUCCUCCCCGCACCCCCCGCCAACAAUCAGACUAGUGCUGCCCAGCCUCCGCCGCACAUCCCAGUUCAGAUAGUAGGAGCCAGGCAGAGCUCCAUAGGCAGCCCCCAGGCUUUGGCCUUGGUCCAGGCCCGGAACACCUGUUCCCAGGAUGGAGCUACUCUUCUGAGUAGUUCCAGCAGAGCCAGCAUUCUCACCAUGGUGGCCUCCAUCACUUCCAGAGAGGGAGGGGUGAUAAACCGACGGACGGAUUUAAAGAGCCUUCAAUCAGCCCAGGAAACCCUCCCAUUGGCCCACAUCUCUCACGUGCAUGCGCAAGCCAAUCAGAAUCAGAGACCUGGGCUGAAGCCAAGUCCAAAUUGCACCUUGGCCAGCAGCAACUCCUCUCAGUCCCAGGCAGCCAUCUCUCCUCCCACCCUCUCCCAUUCCUCCCAUACUUUACCCCUGCCUUUGGUUGAGGCGAGCAGCACCGUAGUGGCAGCCAAUGGAGAGUCUGUGUGUUCUCAGCCUCCCCAGGGUAAGUCGAUGAAGAGGAAAUCCGAGUCAGUCGCAGCCAAUGACGAAGAUGGUGCCCCUCCUCCCCACCUUGUUCCAAUGAGUGAACACUCCCCUGCCCUCUCCUCCGCCACGGAAGCAGGCUCUGGUCCACUUUCUCUCUCCCCCUCUCCCUCUCGUUCCCCUGCUCUCUCGAUGUCCCGUAUGGGGGGUGGCCAGGGGGAGAGAGCCCCCCCUCAACAGGCUGUGGUCAAACCCCACGUCCUCACCCACCUCAUAGAGGGCUUCGUCAUCCAGGAGGGAGCUGAACCUUUCCCUGUGAGUGGGCCAGUCAAGGAGCCAGCUGGAGAAGAUUUGGCCAUGGACAAUCUAGACUCUAGUCAGCCUGAGACUGUGACUACAGCUACAGUGCUGAAGUGUGAGUACUGCAAAAGCUUCGCCCCAGCCAGACAGUUUAGAGGGACCAAGCGCUUCUGCUCCUUGACCUGUUCCAAGAGGUAUAAUGUGAGCUGCAGCCAGCAUUUCCGCCUGCGACAGGGGGGUCACCUCUCCCACUCUGACGAGGACGGGGUCCUGAGGAGGAGGGUCCCCCACCGGACCAGCUCCGAGAUCGCCAGUGCCAAAAUAGCAGGGAGACCCUUACCAGUUAAGUGCCGCUCCGAGUCCAGCCGAUCGGAGGACGUCUCCAGCUGCGGGGAGGACGAGGACGAUCCCAUGUCCCUCUCCCCGGCCUCCUCUUCUUCCUGCCACCAGCCUCCGCCCACACUCCGAUUGGAGGGCUCGGAGGCGCCCCACUUCUUGCCCGGCAGCCCCGCCCAGUGGAGUGUGGAGGAAGUGUCUCAGUUCAUAUCAUCUCUGCAAGGCUGUGAGGAGCUGGCGGACCAUUUCCUGUCGCAGGAGAUUGACGGACAGGCCCUGCUGCUACUCCGAGAGGAGCAUCUCAUGUCCACCAUGAACAUCAAGCUCGGUCCCGCCCUCAAGAUCUGUGCCCAUAUCAACAACCUGAGAGACUGAGGAGGAAGAAUGAACGGAGGAAAGGAGAGGUACUUCCAAGAGAGAAAGGAGCUGACAAUAUGGCUGUUGAAAUACUUUUGAACCGUAUUAAGUGGGGUCCUUGUUGGUUUUACUAUGUUUUGUCAAAACAAACAGAAUGAAAGGCGGAGAAAAUGAGCCUUCUAUCCACAAAAUGUGGACCUUAAAUGUGGAGUAUUAUGUGAGUGAGUGAGCAAACCCUUUAUGUGUGUAAUAUUUGCCUAUAUAUUUAAAUAUACCUUUGUUGGCUGGACUGCCUUUGUUUACGCUGUAGAAAAUCAUUGUGGAAAUUGUGGCCUUUAAGUAGUUUCAAUGAUCGAAAAAAUAGUACUAGAACGGAGUCGUCCGUAAAAAAAAAAACGUGUUUCAUAUCAUUCCUUAUUUUUACGAGUUGUUAUGAAUGGUAAGGUCAUGUAAAGCAAUGGACACAUUGCCUUUGCCAACCAUUACUGGGGAGUAGCAAAUAUAUUGGCCUAAGAAACUUGACAAAUAGAGGGAGACGUGUUCUGUCCGCUGAAAUGAGCAAGUAACUUACAAUUGGUGCACAGGAUUUAUAUUAAAAACGUCCUUUUUAAAAUGUCUGUGAAGUGGCAACAAUAAUCUAUGCGGAUCUGAAGUACAGGGAUACCCGAUUCAAGUGAUACCAUCCCAUAGGCUACUUCAGUUUUCUCAACAUGUUUUAGAUUAUAUGCCCUCCUGCUUAUUUUAAAUGUUAGUUUUUUAAAACCUAAACGGGAUCGGUGUCCCUUAACCGGGAUUUUUGUUGCUCAAUAUGCGAUAAUGUGACUAGAAAACAUUGUAUAGAACAGCAAACUUUCCGGGACAUAGACAUGUCUUAUAUGGGCAAAAAGCUUAAGAUCUUGUUAAUCUAACUGCAGUGUCCAAUUUACUGUAGCUAUUAAAGGAAGAAAAAAAAUACCAUGCUAUUGUUUGAGGAUAGUGCACAACCACAAAACACUUUUAUCACGACAACUGGUUUGAUACAUUCACCUCUGAAGGUAAAUAAUGUACGUAUAUUCAGUAAUCUUGCUCUGAUUUGUCAUCCUGAGGGUCCCAGAGAUAAAAUAUAAAAUUUAUAUUCAAAUGUAGUAACUGGUUUCUACAGUUUGACCCCACUGCUGUCUCUAGCACCACACCCACCCCGCCCGGCCAUCUAGAUGUGUGAAGGUUAAGGUCGUGAUCCGUGAUCCAUCGUGUAUGACAUUCCUGGGAGUGUGUAAACUUAAAUGUUUUAUUACCAUAGCAUUUUUGUAUGUCCUCUAUAGUUAUGUACUUGAACAUAUAUAAAUUGACCAAUUCGGCACAUUUAGGAAAACUCCUGGCAGACUUGAUGCAAAAUAUUGUGUAGCCAGGUAAUUCCUGACUGGACCAGUCUGAAACUUUGCAUACACACUGUUGUCAUCUUGUGGACAAAAUCUAAAUUACACCUAGGAUCCAAUCUUAAUGUAUGGCCUCUUGCAUUUCAGAGAUGAAGGGGGGAACAAUGAAAACACAUGUUUUUUGGUUUGUAUUAUCUUUUACCAGAUGUAAUGUGUUAUAUUCUCCUACAUUAAUUACACAUUUCCACAAACUUCAGUGUUUCCUUUCAAAUGGUAUCAAGAAUAUGCAUAUUCUUACUUCAGGUCCUGAGCUACAGGCAGUUAGAUUUGGGUAUGUCAGUUUAGGUGAAUUUUUUUUAUUUUUAAAUCCAAUCCUUAAUCUUAAGUAAGGUCUUUGCAGUUUUACACACAGGAAGAGCUAUUUACAGUAGGGAUAGAAAAUGUCACCACGGUCGUGCUCAUUAGGCAUCAAACGGAAGGAAACUGACUGAAACAGAGAGGGACUACCUGGACUUAUCCAAUAAGAAUCAGUCAUUUUCAUGCUGCGUGCCCUAAUGAACAUGACCCUGGGUUGUGGUCUUCCUCAUAGCUUUCCUCAUAACUUGAACCUAUCCAAGGCUCUUGUGACAGUAGCAAUGACUGUGGCUAUUAUGAAUAAUCAAUAAUCUUAUGAUUAGGUGCUCUGCUAAUUGUGUGUUUUAAAUUUAAAGCUUGGCGAAGGCUAGGUCAAUAUCAUGCAAAAAUAAUAAUAAACCAACUACUAGGACAACA